ACACACUUUUUCCUUCCCUUCACUCUCCCUUCCUCUCUCUCCCAUGAUGAAUCAGCUGUCACUCAGGCACCAGUCCAAUCUACUGAUAAUGAGAACUGCAUCAACACCCUCUCGCCUCUCUUCCUCCCUCUUUCUCUUUCUCUCAAUCUCUUUUUACUCUCUCUCUCUCUCACACACACGCACACACAUGCAUACACACACACCGUCCUUCCUCCUCUCUUCAUAUUUCAUGCACAGACACGUGUGCGCGCCACACUCACAUAAACUCAUUCAUCUCUCCCUCACUCAUCCGUCUUAUGAUUCUCCUCCCCUCUUUUUUUCCUUCCUCCCACCCUCCCUCUUUUCUCUCCCUGCUUCCCUCCCUCCCUCGUCCCUCCCUCCCUCCUCCUCUGUGCAUGCUGAGCUGAGCAGUCAGUGGUGGGACUGAGGCAAAGGAGGGAGGAUAAAGCAAGAAUAGAGACAGAAAAGAGAACAGAGGCAGAGAAAAACAGAUCAUUAUAUAGCAAACGAGCAAGAGGCUGCUGAAUGAAUAACAAGGAAAGGAUUACAAAGCACAGGACUAAAAAAAGGAGAGGACGCCGGCUGAAGACUCUCUACUCUCUCUCCUCUCUUUCUCUCGCCCCCCCCCCCCCAUCCUUCCUGUCACCCUCCCAACUCUCUCAGAGGCUCUCCCUUCCCCAGCGAUCUCCUCAGUAAAAGAUGGCAUGAGUACACUGUCACCCAUCCUCAGCCUGUGGAGUAUUUUCUCUCCUCGCUGUCACUCUUUCUGUCUCUUUCUCUUCUUCUUGUCUGCUUUCCUCUGAUCCCCCACCUACACCUCCACCCCCACCCCAACCCUACCUGUCCUUGCUCUUCUACACAGGGUUCAGUCCAGAGGGUGGAGACGAGGGGAGGGAGCUAGACAGAGGCUGACCUCUCCCUUCCUCCCUUCCUUGCACACCCGCAGGGCCCAGAGAGAGAGAGCGAGAGAGAGAAAGCGAGGGAGCGAGUGAGAGAGCCGGAGCAGGGAGCCGUCUGAUGACUUACACCAACAACGAGCUCCUUAACCCGGCUGACCGCAGCCUGAUCCCCCUGCCCGCCCCCUCCCUGCCUCCUGUAGCCCAGACUCUUCUUCUUUGAGUCAGUGGAGGAGUGAUCCAGGACCAUGUUUGGAUUAAAGACUCCACACUUCUACCUCCCAGGUAUGAACCAUGAGUCCAAUAAAUCAUCAUCAUUAGGAAUGAUCUCCACGGCAACUCGCACCACGGCCACUGUCAGUCCCCUCAGCCCACUAACCAAUGGGAACGCAGUUGCCCAAUCUGCAAACUCCGGAUUCGCUGCUGCUCUGCGUAAACUGGCCAAACAGGCUGAGGAUCCCAGAGGUUCUGCCCUCAGCAGGUGAGUCGUCUCCAGUCUCUUCCCCGGCCACCAGUCACAGCUCGCCAGUGACCACCCCGAAGCGGGGCUCAUUAGGGCCCCUCCUGGGCCAGACCAGGGGCCACGGUGUGCCCAGCACUCCUCCGGUGGUCACCAUUGCCCCCACAAAGACCAGCAACGGCCUGUGGAGGGCCGACGGACGGCAGGUUGAGCCAAGUGCUCAGGGACUCGGUCGGGAGAGGGUGGGUGCUGAGAACACACAGUCACAGCAGGAUAAGAGGACUCCACCCAUCCCUUCACCUCACCCACUGGCUCACGCCUUUGGCCUCACCCCCAGCACCAUCAUGCAAGACCCCAGAAUACAGAGCCUUAGUUUGCCUGGGCAGAUGCACCCAGUGGUUCCCUCAGGUGCCGUCCCAGAGGAAUACCUGAGAGCACUCCGGCCCUUCGCCACCUCAGAUGACCUCCGAUUGACCUCUCUACCCCUGAGUCUUGACCCUGCUGCUGCUGCUCAUGCUGCAGCUGCUGCUGCUUACUAUCACCCUGCCUACCUGCACCACCCUCUGUCCUUACCAAGGAUGGAGGAGUCUCUGUGUCUUUCUGCGCUGCGGUCACAGUUCUACUCUGUGCCUGCAGGGGGAGCCUUCCCUCCCCUCCACCCCUCUGCCCUCCACUUGCACCUGCCUGGAGGCCGCUACCCCGGAGAAAUAAACCACACAGCACUGGCUGAGAGGCUACAGAUGGAGAAUGAGCUCCGCCAGCGAGAGAGAGAGCAAGAGCGCGAACGAGAGAAAGAAAGGGAGCGUGAGGCAGGGCUGGAACGAGAGCGGGAGAGGGAGAGGGAACGAGAGAGGGAGGAGGAGAGGGAGCGAGAGCGGGAGAGAGAGCGGGAGAGAGAGCUGGAUAGACAGAAGGAGAGGCAGAGGGAGAGACAGCAGCAGAUGGUCAGAGCCGCGGAGAGCCACUACCUGGCUGAGCUGCAGGCUCGGAGGGCACCACCGGAGGACAGGGGCAGGCCAGGGGAGAGGCUGACCCCAAACAGACUGGAUAAACCCAAGGAUUCAGAGCAUCCAGGUUUCCCAGCACCAAAACCUCUUCCCCUGCAGGGUGGCCUUCACUCCUCCAGGGGCUCUGUCCCACACCCAGUGCCCAGCCUGGUGCCUUCUCACCUGGGGAAGCAUCAUGCUGCUGCUUCCUCUGGGGGGAUCCAUGGAGCUCUGGCAGCCGCCAUGAUGACUCAGAGGGCCAGUGAGGAGGCCUGGUUAACACGCCAUAGAGGGCAAGGGCAGGAGAGGGAGGGCCCACUGGAACUGGGCCUCAGGUCACCAGGGAAAGGGGUGGAUCCACGAAGAGACAUCCACAGACCCAAUUCAGUCCAUCACAACCCAGGCAGCAAAGAUGUACCCCCUUGCCUUGGUGCUCCACCUCCUCUUAUCUCCCCUAAAGGUCCACAUCAUCCUCCUGCCCCUCCAACUACACUGUGGAACCCAGCUUCCCUCGUGGACACACCUGUCGACUCGCGCAGAAAACUCAACCCUCCCACACCGCCAAGUCGACCGCCUCCAGGACUGACGAGAGCAGAGAGGCCCCUGCUAAGCUGGGGUGACAAGCUGGAAGAAGGAGGCAGGAGGAGGGCAGAAGGUCUAGAGAGGUACCCCUCACUGAGGGGAGCUAGUUUACAGGAGUCCUGGAACAGGGCUGAACAGGACAGAGCCAUCCAGAAUCUCUACCACCGGCACCACAUCAACAACCUCCACCAGAGGUCCUGUGUGCCCCUGUCUAUCCCCAGCGCUGACCUGGGGGGGCGAUACCAGGAAGCCUCUCCAUCUCCAGCGAGGGAGCGACAGAGUCAGGCACCCGACAACAUGCUGGUGUACGACGAGAUUCUCCAGCAGCACCGCCGGCUGCUCAGCAAGCUCGACCUGGAGGAGAGGAGGAGGAGGGAGGCCAGAGAGGGAGGUUAUUACUAUGACCUGGAUGAGUCGUAUGAUGAGAGCGAUGAGGAGGAGGUGAAAGCCCAUUUGAGGAGAGUGACAGAACAGCCCCCACUCAAACUGGACACAUCUUCCGAGAAAGUGGAGUUUCUGCAUGUGUGUGGUCUGACCACGCUGGCCCAUCGCGAUCAGCUCCUGGCACAGAAAAGGAGAAAAAGGAGGAGGAUGAUGAGAGAGCGCAGCCUCUCUCCGCCGGCUGUGCAGGGCAAGAGAAAGGCCUCUUCACCUUCAACACCUACAACUCCCUUAAGUACCCCGUAUUCUGCCGAGCAGAUGGACAGCACCCCCGAACUGGAGGAGAAAAAAGACUUCCUCCUUAUGUUCAACCUCUCCCAUGUCAGCCCACAGCAGAGGAGAGAUAAGGAGAGGACAGAGGAGCUGCUGAGGGCCAUUCAGAGGAAGACUGUGACGCUAGACACUCUCAGAUAUAAUCCUUUACCUCCGUGUAGCAGUCCUCCUGCUCCCUCAACUGGUGACUCUUCCUCAGCCCCUCUGCCGUGUCAAUCAAACGGACAUCUGUACCCGGACUCUCCCAGCCCGUCCCCGCCUUACUUACACAAACCUAAGCACCUCCAUAGUGACGCAUUCAAACCCUCCAUGGACUGCCAGGUGGCCCGCAACCCUCCACCUUUGGCCCCCCACCAUGAAAAAGUUGACUUCGCAGAGGCUCAGCCAAACAGGAAGCUCCAGGGCCUCCAGAACGGUGUUGUUGCCUCUCCUCAGAAGAAGGAGCCCAAUCCGCUGCAGAAUGGAAGGAAUCGGCCCUGGGAGAGAUUCACGCCUGAGGCUUUUGCUCAGCACUUCCACCAGGCUGUGCUGCAGUCCACACACCACACACUGCAGAACAAAGGAGUCUCAAAUUGUGUCCCUGAAGCUGGCAUGAAGGCUGAGCACUCGUCGUCUCACAAUGUCACAACAUCGUCUCAGCUGAAGCAUUCAAGUUUUAACCAUGCCCCUCAGCACGCACACAUCAACGGCCAUCACUUCCAUUCUCCUGUAGCCAGUCGUGAUGCUGCCGCAGGGCCGCGGGAAAGCCUGUCUGAUGAAGAUGAGGAAGAAUCUGGCCAGGAGGAGGAGGAUGAGGAGGAGGAGGAGGCGGAAGAAGCUCCAAGGAAGUGGCAGGGUAUUGAAGCUAUUUUUGAGGCCUACCAGGAAUAUGUAGAUGAAUGGAGUAUAGAGAGGCAGGUUCUUCACAGUCAGUGUAAAAGACUCGAAGCACAGAACUAUAAUCUGACCAGAACUGCAGAGCAACUCUCUCUCACUAUGGGGGAGUUGGUGACUCAGAGGCAGAAAGUGAGAGAGGAGAGAGAGAGACUGCAGGCCCAGCUCGAGCACUUCAGGAGGUGUUUGACACUACCCAACGUUCACUGGGGCAGGGGGCAAGUCAACGGGCACACGCCGAGGUGACCUCUGACACCCGAUUCUCUGACCGACACGCCUCUGCCGGCGAAGGAACGGUAACAAGACCAAGAUGGACUGGAGCCAGACCACUCUCUGCACUUGAAGUACUUGAAGGAGCCAAUCCUUGUCUAGUUACCUUUCUCGCCAGUCAGUUAUGUUACCUGACUGGUUCCAGAUUCAAUUGAUGGUAACAGCAAUCCAUCGUGACCAUAUGGUCUGGGCAUUCCACUCUCUCUCAUCUGCCCCUGUAACAACACCGUGUAGGUGAAACAGUGUCUCUGUAACGCAGACUACUCCCACUAGUCCCUGAGUUGGCUUUAAGGACUUUCCACCAUUUAACUCAUAUCACUUUCUGUACAAACUGUGUUGAUCCACACUAAUGAGAUGUAUCACUCGGCACAAAUCUGUAGCCUCUCUGGACAGCAAUGAGAAGAGACGUAAGUGUGCAGUGGUCACUUGGUUAAAACUCAGAGAAUGAAAAUUGAGUCAAGGAAUCAAAGCACACCUCAGGCCUUAAACUUGACAGGAUGCACUUGAAAUGGAAUUUGAGGAAAUACUUGACCGGUCCUCUGUGUGGUAUAAUGUUGUAGUGUCUACUGAGUACUGUAUCUGACAGAUGAAGCAGUUUUUUGUGCUGGUAAUGGUUCAACAGAGGAUAGGAAACAUCUAAAAGAUAAUAUCUAUAUAAUGGCAAAUGGUAUCAGUGAAGUUCUUUUUGAGGUUUAAUAAAUUUUCCAUGGGUAAUGUCACUUGUGAUAGACAAAGAAUUUUGUAUGUUUUGUUGUUUUAACCAUUUCUUGUGGAAAGCCAUAUGUUUUGUUUGAACUGCUGCCGGUCAGAAUGAAAAUGUGUUAGGACAGCUGUAUUUGAAAAAUGUCACAUUGGACGAAGAUGAAAUGGGGGUGGAAGACAACGCGGCAAAUGUCAGUCUUUUAAACAUAACGUCAUCAAGCUGUCGUUACCAUUGUUCAGAUGGUUUCUCCCUCUGUGGUCCCAAGCCCUUCACACGCCUAGAAAUGUUGGCAAAACUUGAUUUCACUGCUCUGAAGGCCUUUUGCAAAUUUAUACACGUUAGAUAAUUGGCAUCAGCUGAGUGAGAUGAUACUUUUAGACAUUCUGUCCAACCUUACAAAUGUUUUCACCUACCUAAUGAUGAUUUCUUUUAAACUUAAGAAAAUGAAAAGCCAAAUUUUUAUUCAGUUCCAUUUCUGGACUAUGACAGAACCAAUUAACAGUGUCUUUUCACUUGAUACUUUUAGAGUACUUGAAGCAGUUGUAUAAUUGUUUAUGGGUAACAUAAACAUCAGGAUGACAUAAUCCUUCUCUGGACAACAAACUACACUUUCUGUAGCUUCUGGAUGAGAUUUAUUUUUGUUCAAAGCCAGACAAAACAAUGUCACCAAUUCAUAAUUUCUGCCUCUUUGCCUCUGAGUUUUGGAAAUCCUACAAGCACAAACUACAAUAGCAAUCUCCCCAAAUCACCUGACCUCCUUGCAUCACCUCCUCUACAAACUUGCUGUGAAAUCCUGCAUAUUUGUUUCUAUCAGUUGUUAUGUAAUGUAUUAUUUGGGCUGUAUAAUUGCAAUGAAUUAUUUAUUAACAUAUAUUACUGUACAUUCUGAUGGAAAUUUACAUUAAAAUAUUUGUAAAAUGUC